GAGCACUGUGCAUCAGGGUCGAUGGAGGCGUGUACUGCUGUGUCAGAUGACGCCAUGUUCAGAGACAAACUCAAACACAUGGGCAAAUGUAAGGCAUCCUCUACCGGCAGGCCACUCAAUACACAUUAUUACCAUCCCCUGUGUCUCUUUGUCAACGGCCAGUUAACUAACUCAAUCACGAGGACAGCACACUUAUGCAAACCCUUUUUACAAUCCUUUGUUCCGGUAAUUUAUUUUGUGAUGAUACUGUUGUCUUCUCUCCCACCUAGCAACAAGAAAGAAGCUGUUUGAAAUUGCCAGAUCAUUCUCUGACAAGACUAGGAGAAGAAAGUUUAAAAAAAGAACGCUCCUGAAGCACCAGUCGUAUCCUUCAUUGCCAGUCGAUUCUAAUUUCAAAUCGGAAACAUUGGAUGGGUUCCGUUUUUGUAGUGAUGGCUUUUUAUAGAACUCAAUGUUCAAGUACCACAUACUGUAUAAAACAGAUGUAUAUGUAUCAAUAUGCAGGCCUUUAGGUGUUUCCCUUGACCAUAUCCCCUCUAAGACUGGGCACAGCUAACUCCACAGCCAACCUCCUGGAGGAUGUGGAGGGAAGCCCAGAAGAUGGCCAGCCCAGAAGAUCAGACACUCAGGAAGACGAUGUGCCACUCAAGGAGCCGUUGUCAUGGUGA